AUGGGGAAAGAAAAACAUAAGGAAAAGACUGAAAUUCUGGAACAAAAAAAACAUUUAAGGCAACAAGCGUUUUCUAGGCCGUCACACGGGUCUGAAUUUUAUAAGAAUGAGAAAUCAAAGAUGAGUUUUCUAAAGGGAACACAUUUUCGACAAUUUGAAGAUCGAAUGCCAUUGAAGAAGGGGAUUUCAUUUGGGACGGAAGAAAUGGGAUCAUCACUUUCAACAAUGGAAUCGUCGAAAAAGCAGGCAUUUUUUCGGCCCUAUUAUUAUAACAAACAGAUAAAAAAGGAACCAAAAAAUAUUUUGAAACGAUCUGUUUCGACAGGAUGUCUUAGCAAUUUUUCCCUGCCGUUUAAUACAAUAUCAUCGAAUCUUGUUCGUUUUUCGUCUUUUUCAUUACCAUCUACACUCUAUAAUUCUAAUAUUCAAGAUUACUCGUUUUAUAGACAUGAAUUUGCUCAUUCUAAUGAAACUCUUCACAAGAAAAGUGAUAAUUCAAAAUUACCUGGCAAAUAUACAGCACUUCCAUUUUACUUUCCAGCUACUAAAAAGAUGACGAAGCCAGGGACGGCUUCUAUUGUUUUUCCGACAAUUUCUAUUGUGCAAGCAAUAGCAUUGCCUUCAUUGGUAAUUCGCUCUAUGAUUACUGAGCAAGAUCUUUAUGCACUUCGUGAACUCUGGAUCCGUCGACAAGCAACAAAGCACGGAUUUGAUCCAAACAUUACUCUUAAUAGGCCAUAUUCAAUAUCUACAAAUCCUUCAAUUUUAACAUUACCAACUCUUAUUAGUCCAAGUUUUAGUGAAAUCAGUGUUUUUGAAAGUGAUAGUGAUGGAAAUGAAUCAUUAUUGAAAAAAACGUCUAAAAAAACUAGAACUAAAAAACGAUGGCUAAAUUUUUUACAACUAAGAAGAUUUUCCCAUCUAAAUCAUAGUAAAUUUGGACUUAAACAAAAUUCAUGUUAUUUAAUACAUGGUUGUUGUAAAACAGCAACUGAAGUUUUUAAUUUAUCUGAAAAUACUGUUUUGCAUAUUCAAGAUGAUAUGGGGUUUGAUAUUUUGGUUACUAUUAAAGAUUAUUCAAAACGUUAUAUAUUAAUCGCAGGAACAGUUGAUUGUUUAAUAGCUCAAUGUUCUUUAAGUCUUAACAAAACUCUAGAUCACGAUCAUAUUGAACUAUUAAUCCGCAGUUUUUCUUUUUUUUGUACUAUUACUCAAUUUUUGAAAAUAAUUAUUAACCAAUUUCGAAUUUCUUUUCAUAAUUUAAAUGGUAAAGUUAUGCGAUCAAGGAUUUCUUCUGUUUUAACAAAAUGGCUUGCUAUUCAACCUGAAGAUAUUUGUCGGAAUAAUAUUGCUUAUGGAAUUCUUUGUAUGUUUAUUGAAGAAAUGAAAUUUUGUGGAUGUUUUUUUGAAGCUGAACAAUGUGAAUCUAUUCUUAAAGCUCAGCUUGCUUUUCUUGAAUCACGGAAAGCUUUUUAUAAGUGUAAUUUUCAUUUAAAUUUUCAACGUGAGCUAGCUUCUUUUUAUCAAUUUUCUAAAGGAAAAUCAAAGCUUAUCGGAAACUUGCCUUUAAUUUUUUUAAAUCCUUUUACUGUAGCUAAAUACCUUGCUAUUAUGGAUUAUAUAUUAAGUAGAGAUGCUGUUGAUUUUGCUACUAUCAAACUUUAUUGGCAUAAAAGAGAGACUUUAGAUACUAGAAGAAAAAAACUUGUUGAUAAAAUAGAUCGUUUUGUUAGACGCACUGCUAUGCUAGCUCAUUGGAUAGCUGUUGAAAUUCUUCAGCAAAAUUCUCCAGAAAAAAGGGCAAAAACUAUUUGUUGGUUUAUAGACAUAGCAAAGAAUUUAUACAAUUUAAAUGAUUUUCAUUCAACAAUUGUUAUUACUAAAGUUUUAGUCGAUCCUCCUAUUAAAACUCUUCAUCAGACAUGGGCUUCUGUGCCUUCAUCAUAUAUUGUAUUCAUGGAUACUUUAAAAAAUCUUUCAUGUAAUUCAGAUGGAAUGAUGGCUUAUCGCAAAAUUUUAACACAAUCAAAAUCGACAACAAUACCGUAUUUUACAUUGUAUUUAGAAGACAUGUCAUCUAUUACCGAUCUUCCGACAUAUAUUUCCUCCGUUGUACCUAAAGACUCUAAUGAGAAACAUUUUCUGGCAAAUAUAUCUGUUUUUCCUUCAUUAGCUUCUUUGAUUCCACGUAAUGUGGAUCCCGAGUUAAUUAAUCUUGAAAAAUUCAGAGCAUUUUUUAAAAAAGUUAACAGUUUUUUAAAAUAUUUGUCUGAACCUUAUUCGUUCUAUGUUGAACUUGAUCGGAACUCAUAUGGUUUGCAAUUAUAUCCAAUGUUUAGUCCAAUAUCAACUUCAUCUCAUAAUACUCCUACUGGAAGCCUAAAUUAUAUUUCUGAAAUUAUCGAUAAAGCACUCCUGUAUGCAUGGACUUUAUCUGGAACUGAUACUGUAGCUAAUGGCGAGAACCGCCAAGUUUUGGUUUUAACAAAAUUGUUAAAAAUGACCAAAGAAGGUUAUUAA